UAUUCGAAAACAUUUAACCCCGUUUCUCUCCCGUCCUCCUCGAAGGAGAUCUAGGGACCCAAAAACCCUAGAUUCCCGCCGCCCCUUUCGAUCUGUCUCCUCUUGCGCCGGAUUCGGCUAGAUCCAGAUCCCAAAAUCGGAGCCAAGGUGGAUUUCGGAUUGGUAGAUCGGAACCCUUCCCGUUCGAGCCAUCGGAAUCGGCCCUUUUUCAGUUUGAUCUCUCGCGGUUCCUUUUAUAGAUCUGGAGGUGGAACGCUCGGAUCGCCCCAUAGGGUUUGCGAUGUCUCCGAGUUUUGGUAAUGUGACAGCUUAAAGAUGAUUCAUUGGUCGGAUUCGGUUUGUUUUGAUGAGCGGAGAAUCGGUUUCUGGUUUUGUAGGUAGGAAUUUGGAUUAACAAUUUUGUUGGUUUUCGGCUACAAAAUUCUCUGAAUUAAAUUAGUUGUAAGAAGACUGUUGGAAUUUUGACUUCCGGUUCGGAGAUGGAUUUAUCUGCAGUCGGUGAGGAGCUGGCUCUUCUCGACGGGCAGAUCAACGAUAUUCUCAGAGUAUUGUCAAAUGGAUUCCAGAAAUUGGAGAAGAUCAAAGACCCAAAUAGGCAAAGCAGGCAGUUGGAAGAGCUUACAGAGAAGAUGCGGGAAUGCAAAAGGCUUAUCAAAGAAUUUGAUAGAGAAGUGAAGGAAGAAGAGAGAAGAAAUACUCCUGAUAUCAACAGAUUGCUGAAUGAUAAGAAACAGUCUAUGAUCAAAGAAUUGAAUUCAUAUGUGACUCUUAAGAAGCAGUAUGCAAGUAAUCUUGGAAAUAAACGCAUUGAACUUUUUGAUGCACCCGGUGGUGGAGAUGGGUUUGUUGAAGAAAAUGCUGUGUUGGCAUCAUCUAUGACCAAUCAACAGCUAAUGGAUACUGGAAACAAAAUGAUGGAUGAAACAGACCAAGCUAUUGAACGCACAAAAAAGGUUGUAGAAGACACUGUCAAUGUUGGAGCAGAGACAGCAGCUGCUCUCAAAGCACAGACAGAACAAAUGAAUAAGAUUGUUAAUGAACUAGAUUCAAUCCAUUUUUCAAUCAAGAAGGCAUCUCAAAUGGUCAAGGAAAUUGGUAGACAGGUUGCAACUGACCGCUGUAUCAUGUCCUUGCUUUUCCUGAUUGUGCUUGGUGUGAUAGCAAUCAUUAUUGUGAAGAUUGUGAACCCGCAUAACAAGGACAUUCCGGAUAUCCCUGGACUUGCUCCACCAGCCAACAGAAAACUGCUUUGGUUUCAUAAUUAUAGAUAAAAGUUCAUUCUUCUACUAUGGUUGUGUGCUCCUUGACAGCUAUUACAAUUAGCUCCCUGUACCUGACAAUGCAAUUUUUAUCAGCCAACGCCAGCUGAGAUCUUUCAUUGUUGGUUAUGUAUUUGUUCAUUUCUCAUAUAAGUUGUUUUUUUUAAGAAAAUUCUGAAUUUCAAAUCAAGAUGUGCUGAAUCAAAUGAAGAACAUGUUUUUUUCAAAAAUUACAUGUUGAAAUUCAGUAUGAUCCUCAUCUUGGUGGCUGGCAUGUUAGUUCUACUGUGAAUCCUUUCCAAAGCAACUUAGCCUUAUCAAAAGUGACCAAAGUUACUGCUGAUAUGCCAUUCCUUGCAUUC